AUGAUAACAGCGGAUCGGAGUCUACUCCUAGCAAGUAGCAAUACCCCUCCUGAUUUGAUAGAGAAUGAUUCUUCCAGUAAUUACAGCUCGGGAGACGAGGCUAGUGAUGAACAAUUGGCAGAAACUAUCAUUAAUGAGAUAAAAGAUGGACUAUAUCAAUGUCUUGUUUGCACUUCAGAGAUUGAUUCAAGCUCUAAAAUAAUGGAGCUGCCAUCAUUGUCUUGGAGAUGUCCGUGGUGUAAUGGAGCUCAUUACAGUUUGAAAUUCCCGUACACUUGUUGGUGCAAAAAAAAGAUUAACCCGGAGCAAAAUGAACUAAAUCCUUUUAGCUGUGGUCAAACUUGUAGUCAUGACCUCAAAUCUUGUGUUCACGGCUGUUCCCUAACUUGCCACCCAGGACCCCAUAUUAGCAAAUGUUUAGCUUUGGGCCCCAAGCUUACAUGUCAUUGCAGUAAAGAAACUAGACAGCUUCCCUGUGUUUUGACUCCUUAUCAAACUGGCUUUUCAUGUGGAGCAAAAUGUGAUGACUUGAUGCCCUGUGGUGUCCAUAAGCACCAAGCUCCUUGCCAUGAAGGAGUUUGCGGUGAGUGUCGGGAGAUGGUGGAUGCACAAUGCUAUUGUGGGAAGCACAGAAAGAAUAUAAAAUGCAGUGAUCAAGUUCCUAAAAAGUCUACCGACUGGGUUGGAAUGUUCGCUUGUGAUGACCCUUGUGAUGUGUUACUAGAUUGUGGAAUCCAUAAACAUGAAGCCUCAUGUCAUCCUAUCACUCCAACAAGCCAUGUCUGCCCCAAAAGUCCAGCGGUGGUGAAAACAUGUCCAUGCGGAAAAAAGCAGCUUGGCGAAUCUCGUUCUACCUGCCUGGACCCGAUUCCAUCCUGUGAUGAAACUUGUGAUAAGUUACUUCCCUGUGGUGACCGCUGCCCUUGGAAAUGCCAUGAUGGCCCUUGUUCUCCGUGUUAUAGAGUUAAAGAAGCAUCAUGUGUUUGUAAGAAGCAAAGUUUCAGUGUACCUUGCAAGUUCUUAACGGAUGGAAACGUACCAAAGUGCAAGAGGAAGUGUGAAUCGCUUAUGAGUUGCCGUAGGCACAUCUGUGAACGAAUUUGCUGCCCGGACUAUCAAGAGGCUUUCAAGAGAGAUCGAGAGAGGAAGAAAGCUAUGAGAAAAGGUGUUCUGGUAGCCAGGAAUGAAGAAAUGUACAUUGAACCUUCCCAUGUGUGUAUUAGACCUUGUGAUAGGUUACUCUCAUGUGGGAAACAUAGAUGUCCCCAAGUUGAUCACCCUGGCAAUUGCCCGCCAUGUUUAGAAUCCUCAAGUGACGAUUUGGUGUGUGAAUGUGGUAAAACAGUGAUUCCUGCCCCUGUUAGAUGCGGCACAAAGGUAAACUGUACAUAUCAAUGUUAUAGGCCAAAAGAAUGUGGUCAUGAGCCAGAACCACAUACAUGCCAUGACCCAGAGAUUAAGUGUCCCAGAUGUACUACACUCUUAAAGAAGCCUUGCAGGUGCGAAAGAAAGAUUGAAGUCAAUGUUCUAUGUUCUCAACCUCAAGUUUCCUGUGGAAGACCAUGUCAAAAACUGUUAAAUUGUAAAAGACAUUACUGUGAUGAUAUUUGCCCUUCGACCAAGAUAUGUUCUGGUAAUUUAUCUAAAUGCAAAAAACUUGUCAAAGUAUCUUGCCCCUGCAAUCGAAUAGUUAAGCACUUCGAAUGCUGUAACGUUGCUGAGGAUCAGAAACUUGAAUGUGACGAAACAUGUGAAAAGAUUCUCAGAAACAAAAAAUUGUUUGAAGCAUUCCAAGUAUCACCAACUGUCGGAGACCUUGAUCAGGUAAUUCCGUACUCACGGUACGUCAUGAACACAGCCCUUAAACAGAGCAAUUGGGUAAAUUCAGUGGUGAGAUUGUUUGAUAAUUUGAUUCAAUCUUCAAAGAAGACUCACCAUUUUAAUCCCAUGAGCACUUCUCAAAGACAAUUUAUUCACGAACUGGCAGAAUCCUAUAACUAUAGUUCCUACACACUUGAUCAUGAACCCUAUCGAAGUGUAGUCAUUGAAAUCAAAGAAGGCUCAAAGUUGCCACAUUUGAGUAUUGCAGAGUCCAUUAAAAUUUUCAAAGCUAAGAAAGAAAGGGAUUCACUAGCAAGCAGGCAGGAGCAGGAUUCACCAGUUCCAGAAACCAAUUCUAGUGAAUUUUUUAAUGCAAUUGCCAUUCAAAAAGUGUUCUUUGGAGCCACUUUAGAUGAGAUUACCAUCACUGUCCAAGAGUUAUAUUCUCCCGUCUUCCCUGAAGGUCUAGUGAAAUGUAUUAAUGACAGUACCUUUUAUUUUCUGCCUUCACAACCCAUAAAUUCCUCACAAGAUAUAGAAUUGAAACUCAUAGAACUUCUUGACCCAUUUACUCAGAUUUUGUCAAAGAAAAGUUUAGCUUUUGAGUGCAAACUUAUUAAAGUCGAUGACAAUUGCCAUCUUAUUGCAACUGCUCCUCAAGAAUAUCUUUCUUCAAGUACCGAAAAGGAAUCUGAAACGGAACCAGUAGAGAGAGAGGAAGGCAAAGAAUCGACUGAAAAGCAACCUGAGAUUGGUCUACAGGAUGAAGUAGAGAAUAGCUGUCUUGAAGUGAAAGAUGUAUCUCAUGAAAUUGUGUCCCCGAUGAAAACUCAGGAAGAACCAGGACAAGCGAUGGAAGGUAGUACUAUAUCAUAA